UUUCAGGGCGUCAGGAGUCCUCUUGAAACUAAUAUAAAGCUUUGGACAGAAGUCUUCUUGUGAAAAGGAAAAACUCCUUAUUACUUGAGGAGCACCAGAGAAGUUGACACAAUGGCAUCUCCAGCCCCUCUGUCCAAGGCCAACACCACCUUCUCUCUGGCUUUGCUCCAAAAGUUUGGAGAUGACGACAAGACGGCAAACAUCUUCUACUCCCCUUUCAGCAUCUCUUCAGCCCUGGCUAUGGUGAUGCUGGGGGCCAGAGGCAACACAGCCACCCAGAUGUCAGAGUGCCUGAAAACCAAGGAUUGUCAGGAUGAUGUCCAUGUUAGCUUUGCCCAACUGCUGAGCGAGCUCAACAAGGCUGAUGCUCCGUAUACCCUCAGUGUUGCCAACAGGCUGUACGGGGAGCGGUCCUUCCAGUUUGUUGAGGAUUUCUUAGAAAAAACCAAGAAUCACUACAACGCAGAGCUGGAGACUGUGGACUUCAAAGGUGGCUCAGAGGCCGCCAGACUCAAGAUCAACAGCUGGGUGCAGAAGCAGACUCAAGAUAAAAUUAAGGAUCUGUUGGCAGAGGGUGACGUGGACAGCCUGAGCAGGCUGGUGCUGGUUAAUGCCAUCUACUUCAAAAGUAACUGGAACGAGAAAUUUCAGCAGCAUGACACACAGGAUGCUCACUUUAGACUCAACAAGAAUGACACCAAGCCAGUGAAGAUGAUGCACCAGACAGCAUUGUUCCCUUUCUCCAACAACCCUAAGGCCAACUGCAAGAUCCUAGAGAUGCCUUACAAAGGGAAGGAGCUUAGCAUGCUCAUCUUUUUACCCAAUGAGAUGGAGGACAGUACUACAGGUCUGGAGAAGCUGGAGAAGCAGCUGACCUAUGAGAACUUUAUGGAGUGGACUCAUCCAGACAUGAUGGAUAACGUUGAGGUCCAGGUGGGGCUGCCUCGGUUCAAGAUGGAGGAGUCGUAUGACAUGGAGGAAGUCCUGGUCAGCAUGGGCAUGGUGGAUGCCUUUGACAAGGCAGACUUCUCUGGGAUGUCUCCUGCCGAAUGGCUGGUACUGUCAAAAGUUGUCCACAAGGCUUUUGUGGAGGUCAACGAGAAGGGAACUGAGGCUGCUGCUGUCACUGCUGCUGUCAUGAUGCUGGAGUCUUGCACGAUAAGUUCUCCAUCUGCCACGUUCAUCGCAGACCACCCCUUCCUCUUCUUCAUCAGACAUAACCCCUCCAUGAGCGUUCUCUUUGCUGGCCGAUACUGCUCCCCUGAGUGAGCAAUACAUCGUUAGAGUAGUGUUUCUUAACUGGUGGGGGGGGUUACAAUACAUCUAGUAUUAUAACAGUGUACCAAUUUAUUUGGUAUAACU